GAGAGAGAGAGGAUAAGAGUGAGCUUAGUUGUGUGUGUAUGGCAGUGAGAUAGCGAAGCAGCCAUGUCAAUCUUGUCCAUUUCAUCACCCAUCUACCGUUCUUCCCAUUCCCCAUUUUCAUUUUCAAUUUCAAUUUCAAUUUGCCGCAUGCCAUGUUCUUUGACGGCUCAGGCACUUGUGGGAGGAAGAAAAGGAAGAGCGAAAGGGGUGGUCAUGAGCAUGGAAGCAGGUAUUGGAGUCAUGGCCACCAAAUUGGGUAUGAUGAGUUACUUCCAGCCUGACGGAGAGGUCGUUCCCGUCACUGUGGUCGGUUUCAAAGAAGGCAACAUCGUCACCCAAAUCAAAACUGACGCCACCGAUGGCUACAACGCCGUCCAGGUUGGCUACCGAAGGGUCAGAGACCGCAAAUUGACCAAACCCGAAAUGGGCCAUCUCCAGAAGGUCGGCGCCAUUCCCAUGCGCCAUCUCCAGGAGUUCCGUCUUCAAAGCGUGGACGGCUUCGACCUCAACCAGCGCCUUCUUUUCGAUCAACUUUUCAAUGAGGGUGAUCUUGUUGAUAUCUCUGGCACCACCAUUGGCAAGGGUUUCCAAGGUGGAAUCAAGCGACACAACUUCAAAAGGGGUCCAAUGACCCAUGGUUCCAAGAGUCACAGACAACUAGGUUCCAUUGGUGCUGGAACCACACCUGGUCGUGUCUACAAGGGAAAGAAGAUGCCUGGUAGGAUGGGAGGAACCAAAAGGAAGAUAAGAAAGCUCAAGAUUGUCAAAAUCGAUAAAGAUCUUAACGUCCUCUUGAUCAAAGGCGCUCUCCCUGGUAAGCCAGGAAAUCUUCUGCGGAUAACUCCAGCCAAGAUUGUUGGCAGCAACAUUCCUAAAAAUUAGCCCUCAUACUUCCCACUUUAUGUAUACUAUUGCUUUUUCCAACCCAUUGCCAUUGAGUUUUCUAUAAGCACCUUACGAUUACUACUUCUAGACUUAUUCGGAUUACUGUUUCUUUCUUCUUUCCAAUUCAAA